CAGCCGCCGCACCAGCCACCGCCAGGUUUCCCCUCUUCCUUCUCCUCCUUCUUCUCCUUCUCCUUCUCUUUCUUUCCUUCUCCUCCUCCCUCCUCCUCUUCUUCUUCGGUCUGCUCCCCUGCGCAGGUGAUUGUAUUAACCGCCGGUGCAAACCGUAAACCGGCGGUUCACGGUUUGUAAUUUUUACAAACCGAAACCGAACCGUCAGAACGGCGGCUUCGGUUCGGUUUGGACACGGUUUCGGUUCGAAAACCGGAAAACCGGCGGUUCAAACCGGCGGUUCGAAACCGAAUGGGCAAGUCUAGUUCUUCCUCCGUCUUCUUCUCCAUUCAAUUCAAUGUUUUUUCUUCUUCCAUCUCCGGUUCUUCCUUAAUUCCGGCCUUAUCCUUCCUCACCCGCUGCACUGCUGCUGCCGUUUCUUCCUUUUUCUUCUUCAUAUUCCCCAUUUUUUUCUCCUUUCUACCGCUGCCUGCCGCCGAAGCGAUUGAGGGUCAACCACUGUGUUUGGGGGGUGACGGACCCUCCGUGUAGCUUCGCCCCUUGCUAAGUCUCCCGCGCCAACAAUCCCUGAAUGGAAUUAAAUUCCAGCAGAGGAAUUAGAGCUUGAUAUCUAUCUCCAAAGUUCUAAUGGCAGUUCGAAACAUUUUCAUCAGAUCUUUCUUUCACUAUUCAUCAAAAUCCCAAUCCAUUCCUCGAUUUAGAAACCAGGCUUCUAAGUCCAUAUCGGGAGCUCCAGGAAGGCAUUGCAGGAAUUUGAUUGUCAUCUUCCAAAGGUACGGUUUCUUGCCAUCUGAAGUCCCUAAUUACCUUAGUAAGAUCAAGUUUAUUCAUACUCAAAGCUCUGAGGAAGUCGAGAGAUUAGGGAUUCAUGAAAUUUCGCCGGCAGCAAUCAGGAAUGUUGUAGAAAUCUCUGUAAGGUUUGGAUUGACUCCGGGUGAUGUCAUUGAGCAUGUGAGGGCUUUAGUGGUUUUAGGAUUCAGUGAGACCACUAUCACUAGGAUUCUAGAUAUUGUUCCCACAGCAAUACUGUUAAGGGAGGAUCGAAUUCGGGACACGGUGGAGUUCUUGAUGGGGAUUGGAAUUCAAAAAAUAGAUAUCGACAGGAUAUUCGGUUUGUUCCCGGCGAUUGCAUCCUUUUCUGUCGAGAACAGACUGAAACCCUUGCUCGACGAAUUUAGGGUGUUAGGGUUUAGCUUGAAUGAAAUUAGGGAAGAGGUUGUUAGGAACCCCAAAAUCCUUGGCUUCGAGAAUGGGGAGCUUUCGCAUUGCCUCGAAAUGCUAAGGUCCUUAAAAUGUCGGCAGGCGAUCAAGGCGAAUAUAUGUCGGGAUGGGGAGAUUCGAGCCGGGUAUGAAGUGAAGCUGAGAGUCGAGUGUUUGAGGCGGUGUGGAUUGACAUAUAGAGAUGCAUUUACGGUGUUGUGGAAGGAGCCGAGGGCGGUUCUGUAUGAAACACAAGAUAUCGAGAAGAAGAUUGAGUUUUUGGUCGGUAAGAUGAAGUUGAAGGUGCAGUGUUUGGUUGAAGUUCCCGAGUAUUUAGGCGUGAGCUUUGAUAAGCGAAUUGUUCCUCGGUGGAAUGUGAUUGAGUUCUUGAAGAUGCGGGACGAGGUGUGGUUGAGAAACAUAGUGAAUCUUAGCCGGUCGAGAUUCUACGAUAUGUAUGUUAAGGCGUAUCCGGAAUGCGAGAAAAUGUACGGUAGAUUCGGUGUAUUUAGAAGUCGAAGUCGACAUCCGGUCGGGAUGUGGAAGCUUUUCAAGCCACCCAGGUUUCCGAUGUCGGGUGAAGAUACUCGUAAUAUCAAGUCCAACAUGGAAUAUUUGUCGUAAGGUGUGUUUCUUUUGUUUGAGUUUGGUAUUAAAAUAAUAUUUGAUGGGAUAUUUUGUGAAAAAAAAAUAUAUAUAUUUUUUUCAAAAAAACGUAAUAAAUUUUGAAAAAAUUGAUCUAAAGAAACAGAGUCGUUA